UGUUCUUUUAGUCGAAAGCUUAAUCAAAACGAGCAUCGUUUUGUUGUUGAAUCUUACUAACAGACACUGACCAAAGGGAAGUUUUGAUUUUGACAUCGUCAGCUUCUCUCAACACAAUGCUCUGAAGAGAGACAGAAGACCCUUUCGCUGCCUUCUCUCUCUCUCUCUCUCUCCCUUUAUUAAUCCAAGAUUCCACUAAUUAAUAAAUGCAACGUCCCAAUCCUUAAUCUUUUUCAGUCUCUAUUCUGUUUUAUUUCUUCUUUGCAAGAACAAAACUUUUCCAGUUCUGGGAUCUCGUGUUACCCUCCAAAAACCUUUGCCAAAUUUUCCAAUUAGACUUCAAAAGAAAGUGUCCUACACGUAUCACUCUCAGUCCAAGAAAUUCAUAUUCUUAAAAACCCUUCAAAGAAGUCAUUUUUGUUUUCAAACUAUUGGCCCCAACGAGGUCAAUGUAAUAAAGAAAGGUCACGUUUUGAUAUACCCAUAAGUAUAUAUAGAUCUUUCAUGGGGAUUUGGUUUUGUAUUAUAGAAUUCUUUGUAUUUUAGAUAAUUUUGAAGGAUGAGAAAAGGUGAGGAAUCAUCCCAUAAUCCAAGCCCCAGGGAAUUAAUUUGCCAUGCUGGUGCUGGUGCUGCAGCAGGUGCAAUUGCUGCUACAUUUGUUUGCCCUUUAGAUGUGAUCAAGACAAGAUUACAGGUCCAUGGUUUGCCUACAACUUCCAACUCAGGUCGUCCAGGCAGCAUCAUUGUCACAAGUUUUCAGAACAUAAUAAAGACUGAAGGUUUGAAGGGAUUGUAUCGUGGGCUCUCUCCAACCAUAAUAGCACUACUUCCAAACUGGGCUGUGUAUUUCACAGUUUAUGAACAACUCAAAGGCCUACUUUCACAUGGGGAUGAACAUAGUGAACUCGCAGUUGGCGCAAACAUGGUAGCUGCUGCAGGUGCUGGGGCUGCCACAGCCAUUGCUACAAAUCCUUUGUGGGUUGUGAAAACCAGACUCCAAACACAAGGAAUGAGACCAGAUGUGGUUCCUUACAAAAGUAUCCUUUCGGCUUUAGGAAGAAUUAUACGCGAGGAAGGCAUACGAGGCUUGUAUAGUGGUGUUCUGCCUUCUUUGGCUGGGAUAAGUCAUGUUGCAAUUCAGUUUCCUGCAUAUGAAAAGAUCAAGUCCUAUAUGGCUAAAAAAAGUAGUAGAACUGUUGAUAAUCUAAGUACCGGGGAUGUUGCAAUUGCUUCUUCAGUAGCCAAAGUGCUUGCUUCUGUGUUGACUUACCCACAUGAGGUUGUGAGAUCAAGGCUUCAAGAGCAAGGACAAGUCAGAAAUUCUGGGGUCCAUUACGCUGGUGUUGUUGAUUGUGUUAAGAAGGUGUUCCAAAAGGAAGGUUUCCCCGGCUUUUACCGUGGCUGUGCAACUAAUCUAAUGAGAACAACUCCAUCUGCUGUUAUUACAUUUACUAGCUAUGAGAUGAUACACAGAUUUCUUGAUCGUGUUCUGCCACCAGACAAGAAGCACUCCCAAGCUUAUCCUGAAUCUGGCGGCCCUUCACAACCUCGAUUGGAAAAUGAAGGAAACGGGAUGGGCAAUAACAUUGUUUUGGGGCAACCAAAAACCCAAACGAGUAAGAGAACUCCAUCCUCUGUUCCUAUGGGGAACAAUGAGCAGCUAACUGCAGCACAUUGAUUGACUGUUGUUUCUUUCUCGACUUCCCUCAUAGGGAUUUUCCACAGAAAGUGAAAUGGAUACUCAAACAUGAAGGUGAAUAAGAAUGAAAAAUUUUGUUUUUCUAUUUUUUUUUGCUUUUUACUUCUUACUUGGAAAGCCAGUCAAAUGUAUUUUUUGCUGCAUAAAAAUGCAAUUUCUUUCCUCUUGAUUUUAAUUUUUGUAUUGUAAGUUCUGAUUUGCUGGUC